AUGCCUUCUCUCGCCUCCGUCGUCUCUGUUGCGGUCCUCGCCCUCUCGCCCUUCGCGGCGGCUCUCCCUCGCCCCUCCCCGGUCCAGGAGUACAAGCGCGCGGCCUCGACCCCGGCUGCCCAGCUCCCUCCGCCCAAGUACCUCGAGGACAAGGCGAUCGCCAACAUGAUUAGCCAGAUGGCUGCAGCUGCAAAGGCUUCCGCCGCUGUCAAGGCUCGCCGUGCGCUCGACGACGUCGUCGACGUCGACUUCCAGAAGCGCGACGACAUGGGUGGCGACACCCUCGUCCGUCGCCAGGCGACCACGACCUGCCUCGACUCGACCGCCAACGACACGGUCAUCUCGUCCCUCUUUUACUACGGCGGUGCUGGCACCGUCGUCGAGCUCUGCCCUGGCGCCAACAUCCAGCUGCAGAACGCCAUCUUCUUCUCGGCUGCGAACCAGGUCUUGACCACCCAGGGCAACCCCACCGACAGCGCCCGCGCGACCGUCACCGUCGCUGGCCAGAACCAGUCGUGCGCCAUCUGGUCCCAGUGCGCCGGCUGCGACAACGUCUCGGUCCAGAACAUCCAGGUCUACGGCGCGCGCGACACAAUGGGCUACAACUCGGGUAUCGCGCUCCUCGAGAUGGGCGGCACCAACUCUGGACAGACCGUCCAGAACUGCCACAUCUGGGAGCCUCGCGGCUGGUCUGCGCUUCACGGCAUUGAGGGCGACAACCUCUCGUGCCGCGGAAUGAAGAUCGUCAACAACCAAGUCGGACCUUCGGGCAACCCGCCCAACAACGGCGCUCAGUUCAAGCGCGACACCGUCAUCCCGCCUGGUCAGUGGGCCGACGGAAUCUCGCUCGCUUGCGCCGGCUCGACCGUCUCGGGCAACGUGAUCACCGACGCUACCGACGGCAACAUCGUCAUCUUCGGUGCUCCCGGCUCGUCCAUCUCGGGCAACACGAUCAACAUCGUCAACCGUCAGGCCCUCGGCGGUAUCAACGCCGUCGACUGGGCUCCCUGGUCGGGGUCGUACGACGGCACCGUCGUCGAGAACAACGUCAUUAACACCCAAGGCGCCAUGCUCAAGACCGGCAUCGCCCUCGGUUCGAUGACCUGGGGUUCGGACAACCGCACGGCGGCGCGCACCUCGUUCGGCACGUUCCGCAACAACGUCCUCAAGUCGUCGGGCACUGGCUACUUCGGCUACGCGAUCUCGGUUGCCGGCCACAACAACGCCACCCUUUACGGCAACGACGCCUCGGCCGCGCAGUUCGGCGGCUCCGUCUCUGGCUGGUGUGUCCCGUCCGUCCCGCCUCCCUCGCCCCGCGCGUUCGUCUACGACCACCAGACGACGCCCGGAACGAUGCUCCAGGACAACUUCCAGGAUUUCCCCCUCGUCUUCGACAUCUGCAACGACCCGGACGCGAUCCUCGGCACCGGCAUCGGUGCGCAGCCUGCGACCGGCAUGAUCCUCUCGGGCGCCGGCGCCGUCUUCAACUCGACCCUUAACGCGACGGCUUCGGCGAACGCCUCGGCCUCGGCCGUCUCGUCGACGCUCUCCUCGACCGCUUCGUCGACUGUUCUUUCGACGAGCUCGUCUGCCACGACAACGACGCAAGCCUCGACCACCACGAGCAAGCCGGCCACGUCGUCCACGAAGACCACCACGACCAGAAAGACUACGACCACCACGACCAAGCAGGGUCGCGUCAUCUUCAAGAACCGCUACCCGGUUGCCUUUGCCCAGUCGACGACCACCACGACGUCCCAACCUGCGAAGGCCACCAAGUUGACUUGGUUCCUCGCGCCCAACUGGCACAAGCGCUCGAUCAUCCAGGACGGCGAUGUCCUCCUGGCUGAGCGCGAUGGAUCCGCCCAAAUUGGCGCGAGCAAGGCGACUCCUCGGCCAAACCUGGUCAACCCCUUUGCGGUCCUCGAGCAACACGCUCGGCUCCGAUAG